AGGCCACAUAAAUUGAAAUUACGGUUCUCAGGCCCGCGCACAUCUGUUUUGAGGUGCCCGCAUUGCAAAUUUUAUUGCAUUUUUAAUAAAAUAAAAAGUAGGUAAUGCGGCGACGUAUCCGGAAAAAAAAUUUCCGCAUUCAAUUUUUCAAAACUUCCGCAUUAUUCGGAGCUCCUCCUGUCUCAGUAUACGAAUAGCUGUAUUUAGCAGAGAAUACCGAAUACCGGAAAUCUUCGUUUGUCAUUCGCAAUAAAGACUUCCGAUGUAUAACAACGUGGUUGCAGCAUUAUUUUGAGAAUGUCUAUUGUGUCAAUAAGUAUUCGACAAGGAGCAGUGUUCAUUCUACCAUGGACAAUUAUAGAGGGAUAUUCGGAGGGAUGUACCUUCCUAGAUCUUUAUGAGGGUGUGAAAGCAAUGAAGUUCGAUUUGGGAAGCUGGACGUUUCCUGAGAAAUUAAAAAAUGCCGCUGUCUCCGUUAGUGUCGGUAAGAACAAGAACGAAUUAGACUCUGCAAUCAUUACAAAUAAAGUAUCGUCAACGACACCUGUUUUCGGCCACUUUGUGAGAUAUACGGUGUGUGAAACCAAGCCCGCCGAUGUUUCUGCACAUUUCGACAAUGAUAGUGCCGAUGAUCAUAAUAAUAAUGCCAAGGAUUGUCAAGAACCGGGAAGAGCCACCAGAAAUAUCAACGACGUGUUGGUUUUUAACGCACGUAAACUUUGCCUUCCAGAGCCAUUCUCUGAAGAUGACAAAAUUACAAACAAUAAGCGAAUUGUUUACAACAAAAUUUUAUAUUUGUUGGGAAACGCAGGCUUGGGUUUUACACCAAUGACAAUAGAUGAAGGUAAAGAUUUCAUAAAUGCUUUAACUAACUGUAUUUGGACAAUAGACCCAUUUGUUGAUACCCUCAGAGAUCGGUGUUUUGCUCUUCCAGUUCUUUUUGAAAAUCUGUUUGGUUACAAUGUACCCGAAAAUCAUAAACAUAAGAGGGGUGAGUUGAGUCAAUCAACCCUGUUGUCGUUAGCUUGCCAUUUAGAUGCUUGUCUAGAGAAAACAUGGAUUUCCAAAGUGAUGUGGGCACCUAUCAGGACUGCUGCUCAAACAUUAUCAGACAGCUUUCACAAGUAUAUUGAGUAUUUAAAGCAGAAAGCAGAGAAAAUGAAUGAAAAAAGACAACUCAUGUUUCCUGUGAGAAGCUUGGAUGAAACAAAGAGUGUAACUGUCAUACGACCAUGCUAUGUUGUGAAACCUGGUGCCGCAUCUCGGUACAAAACUCUUGUAGACUGUGUCGAAAAACUAGAGAUGUUCAAGCCAAUAUGUUUAGAUGAAUAUACACCUCAGAACACAAGAGAGCGUCGUUAUUUUCUAGACAACAUGAAACAAGGAUUACCAUACAAAUGUGUUCACCUAAAGUUCAGUGCUGGCAAUAACCUUGGGUCGCACAAUUUUCUUUGGAAGAUUCCUGGAUGUGUUUCCGAGACUGAUAGUGACAUCAUGCAAAAGAACUCAGAUGUCAUUCAGACUUUGAGCAAAGACCUUCCCUCAUACCACACUCGUGCAAUGAGAAGAGCAUUUAUAAACAAAGCAUCUUUACUUUGCAGUUUGAAGACAAGUGAUGCAAGGUACAUCUACAAAUCUUUAGCAGGGGAUUGCAGUUUGGGAGAAAAUGAAUCCGAAAAAGAAAUAGACUUGAGAGUGCAACAAGCUUUUGAAAUGGAAGAUCCUGACAUAAUUACGGACCUCAGGCAUCAUAAUACAGGACAACCCUCCAGAUAUCACAUUUUCUUUGACCAUGCUAAGCAAUAUUUGGAAAGUGUUGUAGAGACUGCUGUUGAUGAACGAAGACAUGAUCGUUUCACACACCUUGCCCAAGCCAUGUCAGUGCCUGACCUUCUUCAACAAGUUAAAGAUAUAUGCCCUGAAAAUACACCGAUACCUUCAGAACAAUGGCUGCGUCUACAGUUUGCACCCAAGAACCCAUCAGCUCUUGCAUCAUUACAGUAUACUGGGAGUUUAAAGGUCAAAUUCCAAGUUCAAAGUCGGCAGCUUAGAAAGACGCAUGUUGACCUCCAUUAUGCAUCAGCUGCAUUUAGAUACCUCAAAGAGUUUGCAGUGAAGUUCAGAGACUUUUGUGUGCUUGUGGCUAUGGAUGAUAAACACCACUGCAAAGUUGGAGAACCAGGUCACCCAGUGGCAGCAGUAGAGCGGGGAAAGAGAGUGGUUGUUGCUGCAGAUAAAGUGUUUGCAGUCUCAGAUCAUGACUUUACCAAAUUCAGUAUUGUACCAAGUGUAACAAUGUUGAUUGACAUACCAGAAUCUGUGAGUGAAGGGUCCUUUUAUAGAGGCCAAGUGUAUGUUGGUGUGAAGGAUUUAGCUUUAGAACCUUCCAGUCCAUUGCGUCACAUUGCGGAGCUUAAAGAUAUUUUGAGGAAGGAAGGACUUACAAAGCCUAUUUUGUGUAUCUAUACAGAUGGUGGACCUGAUCACAGACUGACAUUUCUCUCAGUCCAGCUAUCCAUUAUAUGCCUUUUUCUCAGUGGAAAUUACGACAUGAUCGUAGCAGCAAGGACACCACCAUUGGCAUCUUGGAAAAAUCCACCAGAACGUGUGAUGUCUAUUCUGAAUUUGGCUCUACAGGCAGUUGGAUUGAUGAGGAAAGAAACUUCAGCAGAAACUGAGCAGAAACUCAAAUCAGCCAGUGGACUUCAGCAGCUAAGGGAUAUUGCUAAGAUCCCAAAUUCCAUGAGGAGAUGAUUGACUCAAUUGAACCAGUGAAAGUUCUUCUGUCUCAGCUGUUUGGACGUCUGAAAUUGAAAGAUAAGCAAUUCAAGUUGUUCAACUCUGCUUCUGAAACAGAUCUUGAUGGACUUUGGGGAGAGUUGUCCAAGUUUGGAAACCCACCUGUUGGAAAACGACAGAAUGACUUAAAGAAAAGUUUGAAGGAUUGGACACAAGUGGUAAGUUCUGAUGUAGUCAGUCUAUUAAUACCUAAUGUGCAGCUUAUAAUCUUGUGUGUGGUGAAUGUAAAUGAAUGCACUCUGUGUAGCUUUAAAUAUAGGUUGGGAUUAUUCCUCUGAUGUUUCCAUCAUGCCAGUGAAAAUGUUAUUUUGUCAAUUUUUCAUGCAAUUUUGUCAUUAUUCACUAAAAAUCCAGUAUUAAAGCUGAAAUUUCAUUCAAGCUGGCAUGAUGCCUUACCUCAUGUGCAGUUUGUAUGCACUGCUAUUUCUUAAUAACUAUAUCUAUUUUCCAUCCUUUUUGCCUUUAAAUACCUAUAUUUUUAUAAUAUAGAAAUAUUUAUAUAUUGUCACUUGCAGUAAAAAAAAAUGUUUGUAUGCAUUUAAUGGUUCUUAAUAUAGAUGUUCAAAUUUCUAGCCCAAAGCUUGUGGAGUUUAUUGAUCAUUGCUGUGUAUCCAGGACUUACUUCUUUACUGUGAAGAAGUGUGGUGCCAGUGACUGUCAGAUAUGUGCACCCCCAAGACUCCCUAUUGAUAUUUUCAGCCAGCUACAUAACUUUCCAGAUCCAGUUCCAGGAGAAGAAGGACACUUCAAAGAAUUCAGGGAGGUUUUUGGCACCGAUACCACAGAGGAGCACUGCCCGUCAUUGUCAGCAAAAAAAAUCAAACGCAGUUUCUACCGGCCAUGGAAUUCCUUUCAGUCCAUCUGCACAGACCGCCAAAACAGUGAAUCAGACAGUAACCUGUAUAGAUUGUCAAAAGCCUAGAGUCAUAUACAGUGCAAACAAACUGAGUGCACAAGAAAGUGCAAUUCUGAAAAGGAUUCUUGGGCUCUAUCAGUUUUCGUGUGGUUCUGAACUUCAGGAACUAAAACCAGAGGAUCCCGUCAGAGCACCUCGUAUCAGUGCUCUGUUGGAGAAAGUAUUUGUUAAAUCGAAUUUAUCAUGCACUUCUCCUGUUGAGGUACCCUAUUACAGUUCUGGUGUAUUUCCUCCAAUUUGCUACCACUGUGGGGCACAAGACACAGAUACUGAAGAGGGACAAUAUCCUAUGUGUCCAGAUUGUGUGGUUUCUAAGUUACAGCCUCCAUUGAAAAGGAAAAAUGUUCAGAGCUUGAGAGCAAAAAAGCAGAAAAAAUGAAGGGAAAAAACACUAUGCAACUUAACUGUAGUACAUAUGCUUUAUUAUUUUGACCACACAAGACAAUUUGUUAAGAUAGCAUGUGUUAAAUUUGUUUCAUAUGUAUAGUGACGGUACAAUAAAGAAUUUGCUUGAUAUUA